AUGGUCCUCUCGCAACCGCAAAACCAGCACGUCACAAAGGCUUUUGACCUGAGCGGAAAGGUCGCAGUCGUUACAGGAGGAGCACGCGGUAUCGGCCUCGAAGUCUCCCGGGGUCUCGCUGAAGCGGGCGCAGAUGUAGCUAUAAUCUACAACACAUCCAACACAGCUGACGCGACGGCCGCCGAAAUCGCAUCGACGAACAAGGUCACCGCGCGCGCAUACCAGGCCAACGUGUCCAACAAGGACCAGAUCGAGAACACAAUUGCCCAGAUCAAGAAAGACUUUGGGAGACUCGAUAUCGUCGUUGUCAACUCGGGCAUCGCAUCCUCCGUCCCGGCUGAGGAGUAUACCACCGAGCAAUGGCGCCAGAUCAUGGACGUCAACCUGGACGGCGCAUUCUAUACCGCACAGGCGGCCGCAAAGAUCUUUAAGGAGCAGGGACAUGGCAAUGUGAUAUUCACGGCGUCUGUCAGUGCGACGCUGGUUAAUGUGCCUCAGAAGCAGGCGGCGUACAACGCUUCCAAAGCCGGCGUCGUCCAGCUAGCAAAGUGUCUCUCAGUCGAAUGGGUGGACUUCUGCCGCGUCAACUGUAUCUCGCCUGGAUUCAUCGCCACGGAAAUCCUCGACCACCACCCGAAGGAGUGGAGGGAGAAGUGGAACGAGAUGAUUCCUGCCAGGCGGAUGGCCCAGACAUACGAGCUGAAGGGGGCGUAUGUAUUUGCGGCAUCGGAUGCGUCGAGCUAUAUGACCGGAGCAGAUAUCAUCAUUGACGGCGGUUACACUCUUCCUUAG